CACCUGCUUUAUAUGACACAGAGCGCCUGCUCUAUUUGUCGGAGACCAAGAGACGAGCCAGCACGGGUGGAAAUAUUUAUCGAUGCUCUCCACCUAAUGUGACAUUUUCAUAUAACACUCGAAAUUACCAGCUGAAGCAAUGGGAGCGUUUGGAGUGGUAAUAGGGAUUUUACAUUACGCGGGACUUUAUAUUCAACUUAACACCGCUUUCAAGACGGUCGGACACGCCGAGGUAGACAACCUCAUCUCUGGAAAUGCUCUCUUCACAGAGGUGCCUCAUGACAUCACGACGCAGAGCGGUGAGGAUGUAGAGAUGGCCUGCUCCUUUCGCGGAGCGGGCUCUCCCUCCUACUCCCUCGAGAUCCAGUGGUGGUACAUUAAGAACCACAGAAACUGGCAAGAGAAGCCUGCCUGGAUCACUAAUCAAGUUGUGCCCCUGGAGGAGACGUCCAAAGAUGCCACCAAAAUUAGUGUGGUGAAAGUGGUUGGUAGCAACAUCUCCCACAAGCUCCGCCUGUCCAGCGUCAAGCCGUCAGAUGAGGGCACGUACGAGUGUCGCGUCAUUGACUUCAGCGGCACUGUGGCGCAGCACCAUCGCGUUCGUGCCUACCUGCAGGUGGAGGCCGAGAGAAGCCAGGGCUCUGGGUUGGAAGACACCCAGCCUCAGCAGCCAGGGCGCCGGGCGCAGGGGAGAUCAGGCCACCCCCACCACCAUCACCACCACCAGACAGAGGACAGGGAACUGAAGAGGAGAUCGGCUGAUAGCACCACUGACUGCAAUGAGAGCUGUGUGCUUUAGAGCGGUCCAUCUGUCUGUCUGCAAACACACCGGUGUUAUGUGUGCAGAAAUGGAGGAAGAGGAGUGCAUGUUCCUGAUUUAUCUCUUAAGAGGCAAGGUCAUUAACUUAGACUUCAUCAUGGAGGGCAGGCGUGGACCAUAACUGGACCCUUUGUGUUGCAGCUACAUGUUAAUCUGUCAGCUCAGUUGCUGAUUUGUUUGUCUGUCUUUAUUAAUAUGGUUGUUUGGAUGCCAAUGCUGUUGAAUGCCAAUAAAGGGCAUGAUUAUAUUGCCAAUACACAAACAUGUUCUCUUUGCUGAUGUUAUUUGUCCGUUUUUUCCCCACUUCAUUGAGUUGAUGUUUAUGUAACCAUGAGGCUGUUAUGAGCAAGAAGAACAAGUUUUUGUCUGAGCAGGACCCCGUUGGUGGCCUCGAGAUAACUAGCACCCAAAUUUUAGUGGAACGUCACGGUUGUCAUGGAAAAACAUAGCAAAUAAGAGAUACACAGUCAUGGUUCACUGAUACAGCUAUAUCAAAAUUGCUCUCAAACAGACACUCUGCUUUUAAAAUGCCUCCGCUAUCUACUGUCUUUUACUAAAACAUAUGCCAAAAGCUGCAGUAUUUCAAAGUAAAUGCUUUCUAAUGAAUGGAGAAUGAAUGCCAUUUUUUCAUUUAUUGAAACAACUUUUUAAAAAGUGGUUUACGUAAACUUUGUUUCAACAUUUUGAAAGAAAACUAUCUGUAUUUUAAAGGCGUAGCUUUCUAAACCACAACUAGAAUGUCUGUGUGAAUACAAAUGUUUGCCUUCACCAUGUCGAGAUGAUUUGUAUAUUCCUGUGUGUAUUCACUCUUUACACUGUAGACGGUACACUGUUAUCACUAAAAUACAGUUGAUUCUGUGCUGCUUAACCAAAUGAUCCAAGAAACACAAUACUAUGAUAAUUAUUCUAAACCUUUGUCACCAUUUUCUCAUGUACAAUAUAACUUUUUGCCAACAUUUUUACAUGGAAGACUGUCAAGUUCUUCAUCUCUGUAUUACAUUUCUCUUUUUGACUGUGUUUGUUCUAAGU